ACUAUGUGGCUCAACCAUCUGUGAUAUUGAAAUCCUUGAAACUGUGUUUUCUGCAAUUGAGACAAUAAUGGAGAGUUCCGAUGAGAUGCACAGCAAAAUUAUAACGAUGAAACAAUCUUUCUUCGAUGAGGGAUUUCUGAUUCCAACCCAGUUUCAAGAGCUGGAGCUGCUACAAGACAGAGACAAUAUGAACUUUGUUAGAGAUGUUUUUUGUUUGUUCUUCACGGAUAUGACUAGACAGUUUGCUGAGAUUGAGCAAAUUCUUCGAGAAGAAAUUGAUGGUAAGCCAAGGGAAGACAUGAAUAGGUUACUUCAACGACUCAAGGGAAGUGUGUUAAGCAUUGGUGCUCUCAAGAUUUUGAACGGAGUCAAUAAGAUGAUACAACUUUCCGAAGAAGGCAACUUGGAAAGGAUCAUGGCUGCUUUUGAACAGGUGAAGAUGGAGAGUGUAAAUCUUAGGGCGAAAGUUGAGCCUUACUUUCAGUUGCUGGAGUCCCAAGCUGAAUCAUUUACAGAGUCCCAAGCUCCCAAAUGAAGGUUUAUAGCAUGUGCAUGAGGAUGGUUGGUGCUGCAUGCAAUUGAAGUGCAAAUGAUCACCAACAUUUGAUGUGGUCUUCUUAAUUAGUUUAACCACCCAUUUAAAUUUAUAUUUAGAUAUGUCUGAAACUUUUGUUUGUGAUUUUUAAUUAACAGUUGUUGUCUUUGUCUUCUGUAACUCUAAACAAAAUCCCGCAUCCGUUAUUGCUUGUGUGCUCAUAUCAUAUAGGGUUGCAUGUUUGCUCCUUUCAAUUCGUUGCAUACGUAACGUUAUAUAGAAAUCCCAGUAUAUGUAAAAGUAGAUAAAUUCAAU